UACGACGACUCGGCGCACAAUUUGGGCCGUUAUUGCGGAAACAAAAUACCUCCGGACUUCCUGUCCACAGGGGAAGCACUGCUGCUUCGGUUCCGAACGGACGACACGAUUCACAACAAGGGGUUCGCCGUCUCGUACUCCGCGUUGGACGCCAACGAAGACGAGCAGAUAAUCCCUGUGGAGAAGCCUCAGAAACAUCGAACAGCUCUACCCGUGUAUCGGCACCGGCACCGACACAUGCGACGGCACAACUGAUUAGCUAAAUUGAUUUUUAUGGGUGGCUUUUGACCCGCAUUUACCACAAUUAGUGCCAUAUUUUAAAAGCAUUGUAUUUAAGACAUUGAAAAACACACGGAUUUGCGUGACUAUCAAUCACCCGAUUCUCUCCGGCAAUACUCUGUGAUAUUGCUUGCGAUCUCAUCCCUUAUACUCUGCGAUUGCCAUUCAUUUUAUUUUUCAGUUAAUUUUAUUGUAUUUAAUUUUUAUUUACAGUUAUUUACUUCUUUUCUCGAUUCGUAUGAUUAUGUAAAUUAAUUUUAUUUAUACUUUCGUGAGUUUAGUUUAUAUACUGUAUAAUUUGUGCCAAACAUACACAUACACACGAUAUAACUGAAUAUUCUGUGCAAGAAUUUGCGGGUUAUAUCGAAAUACCAUUGUAUGGAAACCAAACUCUUUCUAAUCAGUGCUUUACAUAUGAUUCAAUGGAAAUAAUAGUACAAUCAAUUGAGACAAACUUUGUUCGUAAUUAUAGCACAAUUUUUUUUGAUUACUUAAAACUAAAAAGUUAGAAUCAAAUGCC